CUGUCGGACCCCGCAAUGCCGGCGCGGUCGCGCCAGCUCGCGUCCUCGGCCUCUCUGGAGAGGGAGGUGUCUGCGGCUGAGGCCCCGGUGAUGCCCGUUCGUUCGAUCUUGAAGAAGCCUCGAGCUGCGGACAGCUCGGGUGUGAAUCCUGGCGACCUCGCGUCGAAGGCGCCUGUAGGGCGGGUCGUGCCUCGGCUUCUGCCGAAACGUUCGCCUUGUGUCCCCGUGGAUGCGCGACGAGGCCUCAGUUUUGCGCCUUCUCUGCAUUCCUUCUCCUCGAGCUCCUCUUUCUUCUGUGAGAACUUCGUCGAGGUCACCGCAGAGACUCGGCGGCGAUCGACCUCGAAUCCGAGACGCCAGCCGGAGGAGCAGUCUUCUCUCCCGUCUUGCGAACACCCGGAAGAGAUCCGCGCGCCGUCCGAAGUGCCUCCGACCUCGCCCUCUGUCUCCGUGGCGCCGACGGCCCAGUCGCGGGGCCAGAUGAGUCCUGAGGACUCUCUAGGUCGUCAGUCCUACUGGCAGUCGGUGCAGACGCAUGCAUCGGAAAAACUCGAGACUGGGCAGGCGUCUCCGAGUUUGGCUUCUCUUGAGGAUGGCCGCAGCGUAGGAAGCGUACUGACCAGAAAAUCCGAUCGAACCACCGCCUCAGGAAACGACCAAGCUGACGACGGCUUUCCUCAAGGCUCGAGCGACGCGGCGCCCGACGCGACGAGUACGAGUCCUGCGGCGUCUUCGGGUGCGGCGCGAGUGCAGGAGUUACGGGAGAUGGAGCCUGAAGAGGCGAGGCGGUCCUCGGAGGAGGGCCGAAGUGGAGGUCAAGGUGAAGAAAGUCGAGCUUGCGGAUUAGACGCGGGCCGAAACAUACAUUCCAAGGAGAACGGAAGUGGAGAUGCGAAAGCGGAUUCGUUUUUGGGGAUCGCGCCAGUUGCAUCUUUGAAGAAGAAGCGCGAGGGCGAGGGGACAGAGGAGACCCUUCCAGGGGGCGAGAACUUGCUGACAGACGGGGAGGACUCGUCGUCGCGGAGUUUGGAGCCGUCGGACAAGGCCGGCGAUGGCGGGGGCUUCUGGAGUUAUAGGUGGCUGCCUGCGACUUUUCGGAAGAACAAGAGGCGACGCCGGUUGCUCUUCUUCUUUUUGCUUCUUCUGCUGCUCCUUGCGAUAGGUUUGCCGAUCCUGUUUUUCUUGGUCGCGCCGCGCAUCGUCGCUGAGCAGGUGAAGGCGGUGCGAGUUCGCGUCCGGUCGACGACUAUUGAGAAUCCCGAUCCUUCCGGCUUCCUCGCGAGCAUCGACUUCGAGUUCCUCUCCUCCACGCCGGUCGCGGCACACGUUGAGGACUUGCCGGUGUCGAUUUCUUGGCAGGAACGGCCUGUAGGACGCAUGACCGUUCCAGGCUUCACCAUGCAGCCGUCGACUCGAAAUGUUGCAUUUUCCUCGGACUUCCGCGUCACGAAUCGACCGCACUGGGACGCCUUUCUCACGGCGAUGCUCCGAGACGGAAAGAGUGAGUGGCGAAUCCAAGGUCAAGCCAAGAUCCGCGUUCUGGGUCUGACUUUCUCGGACAUCCCCUUUGACAAAACUGUGGAGAUCGAAGGACCGCCGCUGCCCGUCGUCGACUCCGCCCGCAACGCCCGCGGCUUCCAGGUCGAGGAGAUGGACUUGGCGGCUAGCGACGAAAACCGUUUCCGAGCGCGCGCGAAAGUCGCGUUUGACAACACGAGCACCUCAGCCAUCAACUCGCUGGGCGAACUCCAGUUUCUUCUCUCGUAUCGAGACACCCCGAUCGGGCUCCUACGCUCCCGAGGCCCCGUUCUACUGGAGCGCGGGCGGAACUUGUACUGGUUCGACGCCGAACUCCAUCCCGCCGUCGUCCCGAUUUCUCGAGAGAUUCAGAAGGCCUUGCAGGUGCCGAACAGCCCUGCGGAGGAGACAGUCGCGAAGCAGCGGAACGCAGAAGCCGUGGGUUCCCCCGCCGAAAUUGAAGGUUUUUACAGCACGGACAUGGCGCGCAUGACGCCUUCUGAGGACGACGCAACUCGCUUCCGAACUGCGCUGUCGGACAUGAUGUCCGCCUCGCUCUCCGGAGCGCCUGUGUACGUCAAGACGGUCGGCGUGUACACGACGCAGCCGCUGUUCGCGGCGGCAGUUCGCGCCCUCGCCAUGGAGACACCUGUCAAGAACUUGUUUGGUGCCGAGGAGACGCACAUGCGGCGGAGAGACGGCGGAGUUGGAGAAAGAACACAAGGCGGCGGACUCGUCAAGGAAAUGCGAUUCGACCAUUUCGACAUCAGCGCCGAACCGAGUGCGGAGAACGUAGCACGCGUCGCCGCCAAAGUCACUGUCCGCUUCGCGAAUCCCCUCGGAGACAAAUCUCCCCUUGACAUCCAGACGGUGUCUCUGUCUGCCUCGCUGCGGCGAGGCGGCCUCGACGGAACUCCAAUGGGAGUGAUAAACGGUUUGAUGCAUGCAACCGGUCCGCCGCGUCCAGUGGAGAACCCCCAAAUUUCGUUGAAUUCCGAGAACAACUCUUUCGCGCCCUCCUCUUCUCUCGAGCCUGCGGCGGCCCCGCUGGCAAGCCGGACGGAAGUCGCUGCCUUUGAGCGCGAAGAGAAACUGGUGAAUUUCCCUGAGGCCGCUUCUCAGCCAUCUCGUGACGAUGCGGGGGCCUUCCUCGCGCCUCUGGCGAAGCGCCUGCAGGCUGAGGCGAAACCGGAAGGAGACGGAGACGAGGCACCCUCUCGACGGCUGGCUGUCUCCCGCGACAACAAGCCAGUGUUGGUCAACAUGUCUGUGAUGGACGUCUCGUUCGACAUGGAGGGAACGAUCGAACUGGCCGACGAGGGUGUUCCCUUCUCGGCGUUUAUUCGGGACAUGGUGUCGGAGCCCGCGCCGUUCGUCGCUCUCGCGUUCACCGAGUCUGACGUUGAAAUUCAGACCGUGACUGCACUCGGACCGCUUGUGCUGAAGAACCUGCCGCUGGACCAGACGCUGACGAUUGCCUCGAUGGGGGACAUGCGCAAUGUGAAGAUCGAGAGUUUCGAAGUCACGGGCGAAGUACCCGGUGCAUGGCUGAUUUCGACCGUCGUCGCCUUCCCCAGCAAGGCGCCGACGUCCGUCUACCUGGGGAACCUCGGACUGAAUCUCAGGUUCCGCGACGUCUUGAUCGGAAGCGUGGUUGCGCGGAACGUUUAUAUUGCGCAGGGCACAAACAAGCUGCGCUUCACCGGCCGCCUGCAGCCUCCAGCCGACGCCCUGGACACCAUCUCCGAGUUCUUCUCCGCCGCUGUCGCUUCCCCGCCGCGCGGCGACUCCCGAGCUGGACAGACCGCCGAGGAUCCGAGCUCGAUGCCUGGAGACGCCGCGUUCGCGGUCGAGGAAGCCGCCGGCGAACAGGUCCCGAUGAUGCAAGUCACCAUCACGGCCGCCGCUGCGCGGCUCUUGGAUGCGCUCGAAGAAGAGAAGGCUGACCAAGACGGAGGAGAAAACGGAGAGCUGUCUCGCGUUUCACAGAAGAGACAGCCGAUGAAGUGGGUGCAGGAAGGCGUCGAAGGAGUCUCGAUGGAUGUCCCUGUGCCUCAAGUUGGAACGACAGCCGACCUGGUGCGAUCGGUGAACAUGAAGGGUCUCCGCAUGUCUCUGGAUGGAGAGACAGCGACGCACAGUUUAGACGAAGCUGUCCCGCUGCGCGGAUCCGUCGAACUCUUCCUCAACAAUCCGCUGGGGAGACACCUCGCCCUCAGGCUGUCGGCUGUCUCCCUCACCUUCGCGCUGGCCGUCGACCUCCCCACAGAGGCUGCUGUUGUGCCGACGCCCUCCGGCCUCUCCCGGCCAGUGGUCUCGGAGGUUCCCGAAGGCGCUGAAGACUCUGCAGGGGUCGACAGUGUCACCCAGCGAUUCUCAGUGCAGCCGAAGACUCGCCGUCUCGUGGUUGGACGUCUCGCUACGCAGGUGAAAAACUUGCAGUCGGAAGCCGUCGGGCAUCUCUUCUCAGACAGCGCGACGCCGCCUUCGACUUCUUCUGAAGGCGACGCGUCGGUUUUGCGUCUCGUCUUGCCGUUGGCGGUCCCUCUGGAACUCGCGGGAGACGGCGCAGCUUUUGCGGAAUUUGUGAAUGCGUUUCUUGAGAGCGAAAACGUGGAAUUGCUGGUUUUCGGCGAGGCCGAAUGCACCGUUCAGACCGGCUUCGGAGACGUCAAGAUUCGAAACGUGGACGUCAAGUCCGCCUUGCCGCUUCAGGGGCUCCAUGCGCUGAAAGGGUCGAGGUUAACCGCGUUCAAAAUCGUGGGAUAUGGAUCCCUCCGGUCUUUUCUCGACGGAAACGCGCACAGUUCUCCGGACGCGGAAAGUGCCGGAAACCGACCCAAUCUUCCUCCCUCGAUCCCUCGUCCGGACGCUUCCCAACGACGUACACAAGGAAAGGCUCACAACAGAGAGACGAGCGAAGAGACUCACGGAGAGGGUGAAGUCGGGCAGGAAGAAAGGAGGCAACGUUUGGGAGUGUCAAGGGAAACUGGAGAAAAGGCGCUUCUUCUCGAUCUCACUGCGCUGAUGAGAAAUCCGUCGGAGGCCACUGUCGACAUGGGGUCGAUCGAACUGGACAUCCUCCAUAUGGGAGCGACGGUCGGACGGGUGAAGGGCGCAAACGUCUCUCUCGUCCCCGGUGACAAUUUCCUCAACUUCGUCGGUGGGAUCCUUCUAAGCAGAAGCACGGAGGCCGCAGUUUCUUCGCUGGUUACUCGCGCGCUGUUAAAUGCAGACUUGGAGUUGCGUAUUGCGGUCUCCGCGGCCGCAAGAAAAAAAGGACCUGAGUGGCUGGCGCUGGCGCUCCGCGGGGCGACGAUUCUUCCGGAAAUUCCGCCGCUCGCGGAGCUUCUGCCGAGCAUGGAUCGACAGCACCUCCUCCAGGAUGUCUCCUUCGAUGCCCUCACUGUCUCUGCUGUGGGGUGGACUCCGAAGGCUCCCGCGUCGCUUCUCUUCCAGGCGGCCACGACGGUCGUCGCCCUCAACCCGCUGGGCUCCGCCGUCCCUGUCUCUGUCCGAAGUGUCUCCUUUUCGGCGACUGUCUCCGACCGUCAGGGCCGCCGCCUCGGGCACCUCGCACUGCCGGAGACGCCCGCGACGAGCACCGGGUCCGGUUCUGAGGCCUCGCUGAAGGUCUCGGUGAACGUCGAGGACGGACGUCUGCUGCUCGACGCGGAGGGCGUCCAGCUCGGACGAGCCAUUCAGGAAUUCCUCGAAACGCCCACUGUGUCGCUGGGCCUCGUUCUUCAAGGCCGCGCCGACGUCCGAGUCGACGUCGGAGAGGCGACGCUUGUCAUCGGUGGACUGCGGAUCGAAAAAGCAAUUUCUCUCGGAGGAGCAGAGAGGCCAGACGCCAACAGGCACGAUGCAGAAGAGUCGUCAGUGCCUGCCUCCCCGAAUGAAGGAAACAUGUUUUCUCCGCGUCUGUUAAGUUUUUCGUUCGACGGCACCCACCCCAACGGAGGCGUCUCUCUCGCCGCUGUCGCGUCGAUGAAGAAUCCGGCGCCAGUUCGGCUUGUUCUGCCUCGUCUGUUCUUCUCCAUUUCCUUCAACGAGACGCUCCUCGGCCAUGUCUGGCUGGCGGACGACAUGGUGGUGGUGGAGCCUUCUCCUCGCGAGACUCAGCUUCGCGUCCGCGGUCGGCUGUACAGACAAACAACUGAGAGCGGGCUGCACGACCUGAACGCCUUAGUGAAGGCCGUAGUCAGCCGAGUGACUCUCGGAGAGAAUUUAGACACAAGAGAAGAAGCGAUAGAAAGUGGAAGGCGUUCCCCGGUCUCUGUGAAGAUCAAGGUGGACAGGAGUUUGGAGACUGCGGGUCUCGUGACUCAGCCAUCUCACGAGACUCUCACAGACGCCGCUGGCUCGGGCAACGCUCCUGCCGGGACUCUUCCCCUCUGGCUCGCUGUGGGGCUCGACGGCCUCGCGCUCGAAGCGCCCGUGGACGGCGAGCAGGUCUUGCCUCGGGAUCUGCUGAGGCAACUGGAGCUGAAGACCGUUUUGGUGCGCCUUCAGCCGGGGGCGAACGCGCCGCUGCUGCUGGACUCGCGUCUCCAGCUGCAUCUGCAGAAUCCGUUCGGUCCUGGAGCGUCUCUGGAAAUCGAGAAUGUAUCCGUGAACGCAGAUCUGCGCGACGCGCAGCGAAACCGAGUCUUCGGGCGCCUCUCCGGUAUCAGUUCGCGUGACGUAGAAGAGAGCGAGGAGAGGAGCGCAGAAGCAGCGUCUGCCAUCGAGACCCAGGCGUUCCCUUCCGCGCUUGCGUCAAGGCUGGCAUCAAGCUACGCGUGUAAGCCGGAAACAGCAGGGAGAUCUUCUUCUUUCGACGAAACGAAGGACCGCGGUUCGCAGUCCUCUGAGAGAGACCUCUGCGUUGUGGAUCUGCCCUUUUCCGGCGCUCUCGCAGUCACCGACGCAACAGCCUUCGCCGACUUUGCUGUCGCAGAGGCGACGGAGACACCCUUUCCGGAUGCUGGGCCUGCGCCGACUUCUUUGAUUCGCGUCGAAGGCGAGGCCGGCGCGACUGUCCAUACUCCGUUGGGGCGGCUCGUUGUCGACGGCCUCGCGAUCAGGCAAGCGGUGCCCUUCUCCGGAGUGCGAGCGUUGCUCGCGAGUCUCUCUCAGGGUGUGUCGAUGCAGUCCUUCAAAGUGAAUCACGUCGCUUUCAACCAAGAUGGAGUUGACCGAAUUCUCUUCUCCGCUCGCGUCGCUCUCGGAUCGGUCCCAGACGCGGAGAAUGCGUCGGACGCGACUUCCGAGGCGCGCGCAGGUGCGGAAGCCAUGGAGGUGCAGGCAGGAACUCUGAAGCUGGACCUCGUGUCUGGCGGAGUCGUGAUCGGUUCGGUCGAGACUCGAGAGGCAGUGCUGGGAGCUUUGGAUGGCAAGCCGCGGGAGAUUGCAGUCGAAGGCGAAUUAUUCGAGGCCUCGAGUGUGCGAGGCAGUCCGAGUUCGCGUCUCCUCGCGCUGAUGCGCAGCGCAGUCGGCGCGGGAAGCGGAGACGUCGGCUUGCUGAUUCAGAGUCACCGCGCGACGGCGGCGAACGCAGCCGUCCCGGCUUGGCUCCUCGACACCAUCGACCGCAUGCAGUUACGACCUGCCCUCUCCGGCCUCGAUUCUGCUCUGCACCUCGUCGAAAGUCUGCGACUACAGGCUCUGUCGAUCGCGAUUCUCGAUGCGACUCACCUCGCCACCGACGCUGUGGUUUCUGUCGAAACUCGCAGUCCGCUGGGCUCCGACGUCGCGCUCCGCGUCGAGGAAGUCGCGGCAGACAUUCUGCUCUUCUCGCCGGCUGCGGACCGUGGCGCCGAAUCCGGAGCCUCCCGCGGACCUCGCAUGGCGACCCUCAGACUGGCCUCGCGGCCGCCAAGCUCGCAGUCCCAGGAGGGCGACUUGCUUCGACUCGAGUUGUCUCUGAGUCACGUAAACUUCGGAGACACCCUGGAGCUCGCGGGAGACGGAGCUGUUUUCGGCGAGUUCGUCGCCGCGCUCCUGAACGGCGAGGCUGGGUCCACGCCGUAUGAAGCGACGGUCCAUGCCAGCGUCUCGACGGCCUUCGGGGCGUUCAAAAUCGAAGGCUUGAACGUGCGUUCGGCGGCGGAUUUGCUCAACUUGGCUGGCGCCGCUGCGCAAUCGAAGAGAGCGGAGCGCCGAGACGAAGCGGCAGGAGCUCGGGAAGAAGGCGCAGCGACGACGCCUGCGGGGCUCCUCGACGACCUCUCUUUCGACCUCGUGGAUCUGAACUUCCGAAGUGACGGGGAGUCUCCCCGCGAAUCCGGUGUCGCGUUCGACGCCACGAUGGCUCUCCGCCUUCCCAUGGACGUUUCCCUCUCGCUUGGGUCGCUGGCCUUCAGAGUGGACAUGCCGUUGACCGAGCAUUUCUCGAAACCUCCGACGGCGACGGACGCGCGAAAGGUCUCCUCGGCCUUCCUAGGCUCACUGCGCAUCCCGAAUCUGUCCCUGCAGCCGGGUGUGUCGACGAUUGCGGUGUCUGGACAGUUGAUGCCGCGCGCCGCGGAUUUGCCUGUGGUCUCCGACUUCCUCUCGCAUGCCCUUCGAGGCCUGUCGCCGAACCUCCUCGUUUUGGGCCAAGACGUGGAGCUGGUCGGAGCCGCGACGCCUCUGUGGCUCUCGAAGGCAGCCAGGGCGAUGCGCGUCUGGGCGCCGCUGCCUGCUAAAGGCCUAGAGAAGUACGUCGCAGGUUCCUUCGCGAACCUCUCUCUGCAGAGUGUCGGAAUCUCGGCCGUUGCGCCGGCAGUGCAGAGCCGAGACGACGCCGUCGCCCUCAGUGCAGACGUCCGCGCGCGCCUGCAGAGUCCGUUCGGCGACGCGUCGCGGCUAGCUGUGAAGACCGUGCGCCUCGACGUCGAACUGAAGCGAAGAAGAGACGAAGAAGAGAGACAAGAGAAGCAGAGCGCGCAGAACGGAGGGAUCGAGGAAGGACCGAGGCCGUCUGAGACGCGCGAAUCUGCCGAGGAAGACGCGGCGUCUGGUGGGUCUGUGCGACGACUGCAGGCGCGUGGAGGGUCGGUCCACGCACCGGCGACGAACGAAGACGACGACCUGGAGACUGUCGGGUGGCUGCGAAUGCAAGACGUCCCGCUAGAACAUGUCGGCGAGGAAAUCCACGUGCACCUCGAGCAUGCUGUCCUCACCUUCGAAGACCGAGGCGACUCUUUCGCGGCGCUCGCUCUCAGUUUGAUGCAGGCGACUGCGUCAGUUGAGGUCUACGUCCGGGGGUCCGCGUCGGUUGUGGUUGACACGGAGUUAGGUCUUCUGGAUCUGCGCGAGCUUCCGCUGUCUCUCGAGGUGCCUGUCGAAGGUUUGGAGAUCUUCGCAGGUCGCACGCUGCAACAUCUCUCCGAGGGGGCUCUCGAGAACCUGCGCGUCUCGGACUUUGCAGAUCCGACGGUCAAAGGUCUUCACCUGUCGACGCGCCUGGUGAUGGAGAACAGCCACGACGUUUCUGUGGACCUCGGCCCGAUGGCGUUCGACCUGACCUACGAAGGACUGGUGAUCGGCGCUGUGGUCCUUCCUCACUUUGCGAUGUUGCCCGGGAGGAACGAAGUGGAACUCGAGGGCGCAGUGAAGCCGGAGGGCCUGGAAGCCUUCAGUCGACUCGCCUCCUCGUUCUUCUUGGAGAAACAGUACACGGUAGGAGUCCGGGGGACUCCGACAAAGCGGCUGUUCUCGGCGUCCGCGGGCGACGCGAGCGAGGCUGCGAAGCUCGCGGUUGCCCACGCAGGCGUCCAGGGCCGCGCGCCACGGUGGCUUCGCGAGGUGCUCGCGAACGUCGAGUUCGCGGUGCCUGUCUCGGGGUCGCUGUUCGGCGACGGCGCAGGUCGCGGGAGACGCCCGGAAGACGCGGUGUCGGACAUGGUCAAGAAAGUCGAACUCGUCAACAUUGACGUCGACUUCACCGGUCCCCGAGAUCCCUUCGUCUCCGGCGAGGUCCAGGUCUUCUACGCGCUGCCCGAGCGACUCGACAUCCGACACCAAGUGGAGACGGUGGCCGGAGACAUGUCCCUGUUUCACCGCCACGACCAAGGACCGCCGACGCCGCUCGGCUCAAUGCACCUCGGAGAACUGGCCCCAGUCUCUGCGGCUCAGCUCCUCGAGGCCGAGGCGCCCGUGACGCUCGCGGCGGCUGCGCGCGACGAGCCGGUCUCUGCUCUCGUCAGAGCGCAGCACGGAGAUGCUGCGGAAGCCGCGGUCGGGGCGCCUGUCGCGCUCAAGUUCUUCGUCGACGCCUUGCGCUUGAGCGUCCUCGAAGGCGCUGAGAACGCCCUGUCGAACAUGAUCGCCGAAAUCGUCAACAAACGCGGAGAAAUGCACAUCCUUUUGAAGGGCCGCGCAAACCUCAAAAUACACACCGCCCUCGGGACUCUGGACAUCCAAGACGUACCUAUCAACCUUACCAAAAGCUUCAAAUGCAUUGGAGGCCUUGAUCCGGAGACAGUGAAGAACGCGUUUCAGAUGGAGGAGUUUGGCAUUCAGUCUGGGAAGGCUCACGGGUUGUUGGCGUCGGCGCAUUUGCGUUUGAUGAUGCCGAAGGUGGUGGAGAACUUUUCAGUGCGUUUGGGGAAGGUGACUCUGGAUAUGUUUACCCCGAUUUCUCCCGCGAAACGCGAGCAGUUGGGAGACCUGAAACUCCUGUCUCCCCCUGCGCUGAAGCUCGUGCAGCCUCACCCGCAGUUCGGCUACGUCAUUCAGGCAGGAAUGGUUCAAGUCGCCGACAUGGCUGUGCCUUCCAAGCGCCCUGCGAUCUUUGCGCGACAGAAAGACUCUCGCUCGGCCGCGGCCACAGACCUGGACUUCCUGGACUCGGGGGCGGAGCAGGAAGACGACCAAGAAUUUGGAGGGGGCGAAGGCGCAGGAGAAAAGUACGCUGCGAGCGACGGCUGGCUAAUCGGGAAGGCGGUCUUGCUGCGCCCCGUCGUGGACGUCGCAGGCGAGGAAGUUGCGAUCGGCACUCGCGAAAUCAUGAGCAACUACAUGAAUGGACGAACCGGCAAACUCGUGAUUCGCGGCUCGCUUGACAGCUCGGAGAACCCAAUUCUCGCUGGCCUCUUCGCUCAAAUGGAAGCCGUCGUCGACCUACCUGGCACCCAACAGAAACUCAUCAAAGGCGUCCAGAUCUCCUUCCGACUCAACUUCUUCGUCCCCGUCAUCGAGGCGGUGUCCGUCUACGAAAAUCCUGUGAAAGUUCCGAUCAAACUGUACUACGCCGACAUGGAAACCUUCUACGAAGGACAGUCUCUGGGAGGCAUGGUGAUCGACAAGGGAGACAAGCCAGACAUUAUCCCUCCAAUGCAAAUCUCUCAUUCAACUCCAGUCCGCAUCGUUCCGAAGCUGCAGAACACGAGCGCGGCUCUCGCCAUUGUCAGAAACAUCGUCUCAGGCACCCGGAAAAACGUCGCCAUCGAUGCGAAGGGAGAAGUUCGCAUUGGCAUCCAAGACUUUCGAAUCGGACUCGACGUGGACAUGGAAGGCAUCCAAAUUGCUUUCUAGCUUCUCACGUCGUUCCGGCUGUCUCUGUCUACGCAGACAUUCAAAUUUUUUCGUCCAGCUGCAGAGCCAGACAAAACUGGUCAUAAAUAGACGUAUACGUGUAUAUCUCUAUACACGAAUGCAUUCUCAUACAUAUAUAUAUAUAUAUAUAUGUAUAUAUGUAUGUAUAUACCAUAUAUAUAUAUAUAUAUAUAUACCAUAUAUAUAUAUAUGUAUUUGUGUAAAGAGUGGAAGUGGAAGGAGGGAUCGCAUGCAGGAGGGUGACGGAGUGGAUAGACGAGAGAUGGAAGGAUUUUUUUCUCAGGCUCGACGAAAAGAGAUGGAACAAAGAGAAGACUGGUAGCGCGCGCUGCGUGCAUUGCGGCCCUGUUGUACGCGCAUCGUUUCAGCUUGCUCUUGCA